AUGAAAAAGAUUGUGAUGGUUUUGAAAAAGAAGGACAUGAAAGACUACUUGAGGUUGAGUACAAAAGUUUUGAACUUAAACAAAGUAUUGGCAAUUUUUGGUCCAUUACUCACUAGCCUUGCAGCUUUAGGUUCUGGUUUUUUGGAUUCUGUGAAUGCAUCUUGGCCUGUGAUGCUUGGGGUUAUUAGUGGAGCUUUGGCAAGUGUUGUUAACACAUUACAGCAUGGUGGGCAAGUAGGGAUGGUGUUUGAGUUGUAUAAAGCAACCCUUGGCUUCUUUAAGCUCAUGGAAGAGAGUAUAAAGCUAAAUAUUUAUGAACAAGAUCAUGGUAAAAGAGAAAAUGGAGAGUUGUUUGAAAUCAAAGUUGCUUUACAGUUAGGUAGAAGUCUCUCAAAACUUAGGCAAUUAGCUACUUUAUUUUCAUCCUCGAGUGAAGAUAAUGAUUGUGAAGAGUUUGCAAGCAAGCUUUUCUAG